CCAGCUUGACUAUUUCCUGUCAUUUUGACCAGAAAGUGACUUUUUGUAGUUGGUGCUGCAGCCUUUAACCUUUAACCUUUGACCUCUAACCAGCAUGGAUGAGAACACUUUAAAGCAGCUGGUGAAGCUCACUCAGGAUGGACAGGUUGACUCUCUGCAGAGACUGAUCAGCAGCUCUGAGGUUCAGUCUGUCAGCAGGAGACACUUCGGUCGGUCUGGGGACACCCUGCUGCACUAUGCUGCCAGGAGAGGACACCUGGACAUGCUGCAGUAUCUCAUAAAGCAGGUGUGCAUGGAUGUGGAGCUGCACAACAACGACUACAAGAGGCCUCUGCACGAAGCUGCUUCCAUGAGCCACCAGGCCUGUGUUAGCUACCUGCUGCAGGAAGGAGCCAACGUGGACAGUCUGAAGAAAGCUGACUGCUGAACCUCAUCAUGCAGCAGGCAACAUCACACAUCCCCAGAGACUCAGGGGGCUUUGUGAGGAUGCUUGAAGACGAGGCUUUCUGUGUUUUCCUGACAUUGUUCCAUAAGAUCAUGCCACAGGUGGACAUGCUUUUCAACCAGCUGCAGAAGAGGAACAUGGACCCCGUCUUCAUCAGAGCACUGGUCCAGAGGUUCACAGACAGCAUGCUAACCAUCAGAUAAAUAACUCCCAGAUAUUUACUAUUAGCU